GAACGCUGAAAUAUCAUUGACGUAAUCUCUGAAUACUUGCGCGAAUGGGUUAGCAAUCGAAGUGACAUCAUUUUACAUUUGGAUGGAGUCGACUUUCGCAGUUCAGGGUCCCACAGUAGAGUGCCGGCUAGCUCAAUCGCUGUACACUGGAGUGUCGCACUUUGCCAGGCCUGAUCAAGUUGUUUUUUUGAUCAGAGAAGAUCCCAAGGAAGACAUUUCUAAGCCGCUACUACUGCAUAUUUUCAUUGGCUUCAAUUUUUGUUAUUCAACCGUGAAUAUGUACUUAAUCUAGAAAAGUCACUUACGCUCUCUGGGUUCGUGUAUGUUUCUCAAAACUUUUGAAUAGAAUAGCACUCGCGCUGAUAAGGCGGUGAGAAUCUGGAUUCCUUGUGAUUCACAGUACCAGCUGGUCCAUUAACAACCCAAUUGAAUAAAAUGUUUAGUGCGAACAGCAGUUGCUCCGAGUGCUAACAAUUCCAUACAAUGGUCAAGUGCAAAUAUUUAACAACAAUCGUAACAAUAAAGAUUUAACUGUGCAUUAUACGGAUCCAUUCGUCCGGCAACCAAUCAGGGUUCUAAUUAAAACAUGUUGUGCUUCAACUGAAACAUUAAUAUCGCAUUACUGUCCGACCCAACAGAAAUCGUGUUUUGAAAUGUUUCAGAUAUGCCCUCAGUAGUCUACAGUUUGUGUUUGGGGCCAAUAUAAUAAACGCGCAACGCAAAAGAUAACAAACAUUGUGGGCCAUACUUUAUAUCUUAUCAAGCCUGAAAUUUUUUUGAUAACGUGUUUCCCAUAAUACAUCUUAUAUCAUGCCAAUGAAAUUCUGUGAAAUCAUUCCAGGGGAAAAGUUCGUUACUUGAAGUAUUUGCGGUUAAAUGUUUCAUUACGUGGCUUUGUUCGGCUCAGAUUCUUAAAAAAAUUGAUUGGAAAUUAUUCUAAGAUGGAGAAAAUACAAGAUAGAGGUGCACUAAACGACGGUGAAAGUGAUGGGAAAGAACCAAAAUCGGUAUCCGCCCCUGAGCAAAAUAAUAACAUUUUGAUAGAUUCUAAAAAUUCGGUAAAAGAGAAAAGUGAAGGUGGUGAAAUAGAAAAUAACGAAAGCAACGAAGUGUUCGAUUUCGAUGAUGAUGAUUUCAAUUCAGAAAGCGAUGAUAAUGUCACAAUGAAUGAAUCAUCUUCUGAUGGUGAAAAUAAACCAACCGGUGUUAGUACUGGUGCCAAAAAUCCCCAGACCAAAGAUCGUUCUGAAACCAAUGUAACUGACGCUCAAAAUAUAACUUUAAUAGAAAGUCAUGUUGAUUGCGAAGAAAAAACAGUUGAUUCAACAAACGGAAUUUCUAUGGCCUCGCGAAACCGAAACGAUAACGCCAAUGAUAAUGAUGAGUGUAGAUUGGAUAGGGUUGAUAGUUCAUUAACAGAUCCAAAGAGUGCCGAAUGUCUAGAUGCAUGUGUAACAGAUGAUGACAGUGUUUUUUACAGUGAUGAGGAGCCUGAUUUACUAGUGACAUUCCUGGAUAAAUCGAAUGAAAUUGCCGAGGCGAGAUUAGCAGCACGUCGCCAAGCGCGUGCGGAAGCACGCGAAAUUCGAAUGCGUGAACUGGAGCGGCAACAGAAAGAACAGGAACAAAAUGCCGACAGAGUGUUCGAUAUGCAAACAGCGGCUGGAAUUGAUCCGUUGUCCCGAUCGCGGCACACUCUGUCUGCAAAUUCGGCAAGAGGUAGCUCCUCGUUAUCAUCACGACGAAGUAGCGAAGAUUCGCUGGAGGAAGAAGGCCGAAGCUUACGAGAUAUUCGGCAUGAACUGAAGGAUGUCGAGGAAAGGUUUCGUAAGGCUAUGAUUGCUAAUGCUCAGCUAGACAAUGAACGAGCUUCUCAAUCGUAUCAAAUACAACUUCUCAAGGAUAAACUUGAGGAGAUGGAAGAGAGUUAUGCACAGUUACAGCGUGAAUAUAAAGAAAAAUGCCGCGAUCAUAAUGCUUUAAAACGAAAUUUAGAUAAGGUUGAAGAAGAAUUGAAAUUAGUACGUGGACAGUUAGAUGAACGAGAUACUCUUAUAGCCGAACAAGGUUUAGUUAUAGUUUUGAUAGAAAAUGAAGAUGGCUCAGAUGCCAAACGCGCUCUAGUCACUGUAGAUAACGCACAACUAUUAGGAUCUGUUCAAGGUUCAUUAGAUGUCCGGCUCAAAAAAUUCACCGAAGAAAAGCAAGAACUCCAAAAAGAAGUGAAUAAUCUCCAACAGCAACUUACUGACUUAAAAUCACAGCGAAGAGGUGGCUCUAUGAAUGGACCAGUUGGAAAUGAUGAUGAGUGGGAUGCGCAAAGAGAAGCAAACAAAUUGAUAUCAGAAUAUAAAUAUAAGCUACAGAAAGCUGAACAGGAAAUUGCUAGUCUUCAAGCCAGCUUAGCGCGAUCCGAAACGCAAGUUAUACGUUAUAAAAGCACAGCAGAGGCGGCCGAAAAAGCUGAAGCUGAAUUGAAAAUUGAACGAAGAAAAUUACAGCGAGAGAAUCGUGAAGCUAUGGAACGUUUAGAGGAGCUAGAAACAUCCAAUAAUCAUCUAUUAAAACGCCUAGACAAGUUGAAGAAUGCAAAGAGUGCAUUACUCAAAGACCUCUGACAAACCUCGAAUGGUAUCUAAAAAAUAAUAAAACAAAGAAAUGGAAUAAAAAGUUACGAAUUAACAAGAAAAAUCAAUGAAAGUUUAUGUUGAAAACAGAAACAAAUAUUUAAUAAUGAAAUAUUUAAGUUUUUUGAUAUAUAUAUUAGAAGAGAAGGAAAAAGUAAAGCAAAUGUAGUAAUAUAUUGAAUUCGAUAGGAGGGGCGCGGCGAGGUCUAGAACCGGAGCUCUAUUCGUCCCACGCAAUUUGAUUUGUAUAUUGACCUUGUAAUCAAAAAUAUUUUUUGUUUCUAACCAGCCCUUUUACAGCAAAAAUUAGACAACUUACUUACAAACCUUUAACUUUUGUUAACUUUCAUAGUAACUUUUGCUAAUGCAAGGGCUCUCUCAUGCUCUAUUCUGUUCGAAUAGGCACGCGAAGCGAGGAAACAGUCCAAUAACAUCUACUCUACUCUUUCAUCUGGAGAAUGCUUGUUGAAAAUUUUGUUAAAAUUUUUUUACUAGAAACGUGUACUGUACAGAUUUUUACAUAUUAAACCAUAAGUGGAAAUUUAUUAUUAAAUAUAUAUAUUUAAAGCGGAAAAUAAUAAGCAAAGAAAGAGAUUUAAAACAGAAGAAAAAGUAAUAUUACGAGUAAAGUUAGUAGAAUUUAAUUUAUUUAAUGAAAGAAUAAUGAAUUUUUAAAUAAAUCAAAGAUAUGAACAAUCUUUAUAUAAAUGUGUAUAGAAAAUGAUAAGCCGAUAAUUUCAAAUGAAAAUAGAAAAUAUAAAGACGCAAAAAAGAUUAUUCUUUUCUAUUAAACAAAAUGCGUAUUGCCUUUAGUGAAUAAGUUGAAGCAUGGAAACUAGCGGACGAGGGAGAAUUAGAGCAAAACAAAUAAACAACUUCAAACAUAGAAAAUAUCAACAUAAAACCCAAAAUAAAUUGCAAAAAUGCGUCAAACACACACAGACACAUCUUAUUGAGACUAACGACAAAAAAUCAACUUUUUCUAAUGUUUUAUAAUGAAUAAUAUUUUAUAAUAAUGUGUAUUUAUUUAUAUGUAUGACAAGCAUCAAAAUGCAUUUUUAUAUAAUAAUUUAUUGUGUUAAAUAUUAUGUUCUCUGCCAUUAUUUUUGCUAGCGAUCGUCCACCUUCAUAUCAUUGUUGUUAACGAAUGCAACAACAACAAACACUCUCUAUCUCGGUAAAUAUUUAACACAAAUUUGAAAUUUCACAUGGUGGAUGUAUGUAUGUUGCAUGGAAAGAAGAAAUGAGGAUGGUGAUGGUCGGAUCGGUAUGUCUUUUGUUUAUAGCAUGCAAGAAAUAGAAAAAACAAAGUCGUUCUCUUGCUGAAGAGAUAGUGCAUAUGAAGUAGCAGCAACAACAGAUUAUUAUGUUAUUAUAAAUAAAGACUACAUUUGGAUAUCAGGCCUCCAAAAGAUAUAAAUAAAAAUAAA